AUGGCUACCACGGUCCAAUUGGUGGAUAGUGCUGCAGACCUAUACAGCGGUAAGGUGGCGUUUGAGGAAUCAUUCCGGCCUGUCAGCAAAGUUCUCGCACAUCUAGCGACAUGCAAAGCUGAGCUUCCAGCUGCAUUGAAUGAGCGCAUAAGGAAGUUGCAAGCAAAGCUGGAUACGAUGCUCCGAAUGGCGCGAAUGGCACGCAGACCACUCGAGCUGCAUCACCACAGGCCUCUAGCCAUCAAGACGGCCAUACCCAAAUUCGAGGAAUCGUACGACCCCAAGAAGCACUACGACGGCGACCGGGACCGAGCCGAGCUGUCCAAGCUCAAGGCGGAGCACAAGAAGGAGCGCAAGGGCGCCAUGCGGGAGCUGAGGAAGGACGCCAGCUUCAUGGCCCGCGAGCAGCUCAAAGUCAAGAAGGCGAAGGACGCCGCGUACGAGAAGAAGUACAAGAGGCUCGUCGCCGAGAUCCAGGGCGAGGAGGGCCGCGAGGCGAAUGCGUACGAGCGCGAGAAGCAGAUGCGCAAACGUGCGGGCAAGAAGUAA